AUGGAAAGAGAAAUUGGAAAUGAUAUCGAUGAUACAAAUGUUGAAUAUGAUCAAGAUAGGAAUGAAUUUCUCAUUUAUGAAAUAGGAAAUAAUGAAGGCGAUAUCUUUGUUGAAAUGGGACUCAAUACUCGAACUGAAAAAGUUGAACAUUUUAAUGUUCCUAAAAUAAUAUCAGAUACUGAAUAUCAGGAAAUGAUGAGAAGUCUCAAUAACAAUCAAAGAAGAUAUACUUUAAAUGUGAUGAAUUUGAUAAAAAAUGGAGAUAAGCAAUUUUUUCAUUUUAUUAAUGGCGGUGCAGGUGUUGGCAAAAGUACUUUGAUCAAAGCAGUAUAUCAAUCGAUACUGAGAUUUUAUAAUUCUCUUCCUGGAUCUAAUCUAGAAACUAUUCGUACUGCAAUCUGUGCGUCAACUGGCAAAGCAGCAGCACCAAUUGAUGGAAUGACGUUGCAUUCAUUUUUAAGUUUACCAGUUAAUCAAUGCAAACAUAAACUCGUUAAACUAGGCAGUGAUAUUUCAAAUAGAAUUGGAGUGAAAUUGAAAGAUCUACAAUUACUAAUCAUAGACGAAAUAUCAAUGGUUGGUUUUACAAUAUUUCAACACGUCGAUGCCCGUUUGCAGCAAAUAAUGAAGUUCAAAAAACCAUUUGGCGGAGUAUCAGCCAUAGUUUUGGGCGAUUUCAAUCAAUUAAGACCAGUUGGUGAUAAAUACAUAUUCCAAUUUAACAAUUCAUACAAUGCUUUAGUAGAUAGUUCACUAUGGUCACUGUUUGAAUUGUUCGAAUUGACAGAAAUAAUGAGAAAAAAAGAUGAUAAGACUUUCGCUAUUGCAUUAAGUAAUAUUGCGAAAGGUGCAAUGACGCUUGAUGAUACUAAUUUAUUGAAGUUACGAAUUGUUUCAAACGAAAAUUUGGAAAUGAUGGGAGAUGCAAUAAGAAUAUUUAGAAGUAAUGCUGAAGUUGAUGCAUAUAAUACAAAAGUAUUGGCCAGUCUUAAUACCGAAGGUGCAAUCGCUAAUGCUUAUGAUUUUUGUGUUGGUGAUGGACCUGCAUCAAUAAGAGAAAAAGUAUUAAGCAAUAUAAAAAAUCUGAAAACAACUGAAACCUAUGGCUUACCACUUCAAAUUGAUUUGAAAGUGGGCGCUAAGUAUAUGAUGACAGUGAAUAUUGACACUGAAGAUGGAUUAGUAAAUGGCGCCUGUGGAAAAUUGAUAAUGAUUGAUUAUGAAAAACUUCAAAAGACGAAUGAGACAGUACCAUGUCGACUAUGGAUUAAAUUUAGUGAGGAGAAGACUGGAAGAAAGUCUAGAGCUAACUUUCACAAUGUAAUGCGUAAUAGAAAUAUCGAUCUCAGUCUCACACCAAUUGAACCAGUAACAUGGCAAAUAAAUACAAGAUCAACUAAUUUCAAAGUAGAACGUAAACAUUUUCCUCUAGUUCUUUGUGAAGCAAUGACUGUAUAUAAAAGUCAAGGUGGUACUUAUGAAAAAGUCGUUGUCAACCUCAAGAAAGAGAUGACACGAUCUGAAUUAUACGUACCACCUUGA